AUGACAUUUUCUUGCGAUCUUUCAGUUAAAUUAUCCACCAUACGAAUAUGGAUGCAUGAAAAGGAUAUUGGCAAAUUAACACGAGUACUAUGGGCAGGACAGGGUAAUCGUUUGAGACAGCAGGCCAGUACAAAUCCCAAAGUAAAAAGGUUUCUAACGGCAGUGCCAUAUGUGAUGAACUCUAUUAAAGAUGUACAUCAAGCGGUAAUCGACAACAGUUUAGAAACAUUACAAGCUAAUUUGGAACCACCCGUACCGCCAGCUUUAGUGACAUGUCGUGAUGCGAAUGGUUUAAAUCUUAUACACAAAGCAGCCGGGCUGGGUCACGCCACAAUUUUGGAAUAUUUAAUAACCACCUGGCCCGAUGGUGUACACGAGACAGAUAUAACGGGUAAAACCCCUUUGCAUUGGGCUGCCAGUGCCAAAAAUAAUAUGCGCUGUUAUACACUGCUCACGCAAGCUGGUUGUGAUGAAGAGGCCGUUGACUAUAAAAUGAAAACACCAUCAUUUUAUCGUCAUAAACCUCAUGAAAUUGAACGUGCUUUUUUGACGUAUGUGCCGGAAGCACCGCGUGUGUCACCGGAUGUUGCCACAGAUUGGGAGGCUUUAAGUGAUGAUAGUGGUGAUGGCAAGAAACUAGAUAUAAAAAUACCCGAAAUGAAUGGUUUUGGUAGACAUUCAAAUGCCGAAAGCAACACUUCGGAGGCCGAAAUGACAGAACCUUUUACCCAUGAAUGGUCAAGUGGCAAAUAG